AUGAAUACCUAUAUAGGCAGUGCAGCGCAUCAACUCGGUUACGCUUCCGCACGCCAAGAGAUAGUCGGCGCAUUUGAGCAAGGAGGCUAUAUCUUGACGGAAACAAAUACCGCCAACCAGACGCUUUUACAUAUUGUGGCUGAGCUCGACUCCGACCGCGCACACUCGUGGUUCGAUCUCCUCCAGCACAAGGGGCUCGAUGUCGAGGCGAAAGACAAGAGCGGAGGUGCUCCUCUGGAUAGUGCAAAGCGCAACCAGUAG